CAGGAAUUUGGUCGUACUCUGUUUUUUUUAAUGUUUGCUUUUUGAUACGCUGCCAAAAAAAAUAUGUGAUUACCUGCAUUUAAAUGUAUAGUUGUACCUGUUUAGUGUUUGGUCUUCAGGAGUAUCUCUUCUGUGAUAAAAUGCGACACUCAGUGGCACAUUUAGGUAGUGCUUGUUUUACGAUCAGGCACUAAGGUAGACACCAACUUGGGGUCCUCGCGGAGUGAAUGGAAGCUAAAAACAACGGAACAUAUGUCCUAUUUAAAAUCGGAGGCGAUGGAGGCUUACCCCGGAGUCAUCGGCAGUGACUCUACUAAACAACAAGAAAGACAUUAUUACCUCUUAUCUGAACUACAAACUUUAGUCAAAGACUUACCAAGCUCCUUCCAGCAGCGCCUGUCCUACAACACGCUGAGUGAUCUGGCUCUGGCACUCAUAGAUGGAACAGUUUAUGAGAUUGUGCAGGGGCUCCUGGAUAUUCAACAUCUGACAGAGAAAAACCUGUAUAACCAGAGGCAGAAGCUGCAUUGUGAACAUCAAGGUUGGUGGGAUGCUUUAGGGGAAAACGCACUCAAACAAGAUCUUUUAAAGAAGCAUAAAGAAGCUCUGCAGUCAUGCAAGUCUCACAACCUUGCUCUUCUCAAAUCAAAUCAACAAACAGAGCAGGAGGCUCUGGAAAUCCGUGUGCGAGAGGAACAGAAAAUGAUGGAUAAGAAGAUUGUUGCAGAAAUGGAUCAGAAAGUGAUAGAUCAGCAGAACACGCUGGAGAAGGCAGGGGUCCCUGGAUUUUACAUCACCACAAAUCCUCAGGAGUUGACAGUGCAGAUGAACCUACUGGAAUUGAUCCUCAAACUUCAACAGAAGGAGUCACAAUCUGGAGUCAUGUGAGAAAGACGCCAUAUUGUGCUAGAAGAGAGGGAAAAAUCCUGCAAUAAAGAGGACAGAGCACAGAGGCAAUCCUGUAACUGCGAUUCAGCAUCAGCUUUGUUCAGGGAAUGUGGAUUACUGGUUGAAAUGAGCAUUAUUUCCACCAUCUAAACCUGCAGAUGUCUGGUAACUGAGUGUAGGAGUAAGGUGAUUCCAGUCUGGGAGGAGUGCAGAGGCAGGUUGCGACAACAAAGUUGUAAAUCACUAGAUGCCGUGUCACACAUUCUGUUCCUGUUACGACACAUUGUACCACUAUGCAGGCUAUCGAGAGAGCAGGCUCCUCCAGUAAUCAUACAGAAGUAGGUCGCUGUGGUAUGUUAAUACAGAGGGAUGACAGAAGCAUGGAUCACACACCUGCGGUGAGAUCAGCUAUAAAAACAACCACAUGACCUUUGGAGAAGUUGGCACUACUUCUUGUAGUGUUUUGUUUUCAACCUUAUGAAAAGGAAAUGAGGAAUGGAUGUGUCAUUUCCUUUGAACAAACUAUUCUCUAUUUAUUUAAACACUUUUGUGAUAUGUAUUUUUUGAACUUUUUCAUAUUUUUAGAUAAAGCAUCCUUAUUUGUUGAAUUUGUAAAGCUAAUGUGAUUAAAAGGUUGCAGCCUUUUGAGUAAACCUUUUUACACUUACAUUGAUUUUUAUUUUUAUAUCAUUGUUGCUCUGUACUGGAUUCCUGACGUACAUUGGCCAAAAAAAAACAAAAAAACAACUGAAUUAACCUGAUAUUCAGUUUGGAGGCAACCGGUAUGUAUAUGUUUUUGUAUAGUUUGUCAUUUACAUUAAAUUCAAUUUUAAAGUCAUUCAAAAUGUCUUUGUCUUUUUGAAUAAUAAAACAGGUUUGACUUCU